GGCGGUGAAUUUGUUUGUUUGGUGAUUGAGCUCAAUUGUUAUGUUUUUAUUGAUCAAACGCUAUUGUGUUUAAAAUUUAGACAAAAGAUUGCAUGUCAGGUUGAUGGUGCAAGAAUAAUGAGUGAACAAGCUAAUGUACCUCGUUAUAUGGCCCAACUCUUGGAAGAGUUGGGAUGGAAUCAAGGGACAAGAAUACCAUUGGCAAAUCCUGAUAAUCAAAACUUAGAAACUUUAUUGAUAUCAAGACAAAAUGAGAUCCAACGUCUCAAAGAAGCGCUUAUACUUCAAAAUCAGAAAUGUGAUGAUCUCAAAAAAUACAAGGACCAUGUUCAUACGGAAUACCAAGAAAAUACGCGUCUUCUAUUUGCACAUAAGCAGCAGUUGGAACAAGAGGUGAAGCUUCGGCAGCUAUCCUGUAACGAGGCAGACCGCCUGGACCGGGAUGUUAUUGACUGUGCCAAGCAGAGCAAGGAUAUUAAUCUGCGCAUAGAUCGCUUACAAACGAACAUUGCCCGUCUGCUAAAGAAGGCGGAUUCUCUCAAGGGCGAAGUGUGCGGCGAGCGAGGCGCGCUGCAAGAGUGGCGGGCCGCGCUCGAGCGGAGCGCCGGCGACAUCUCCGCCAUCGAGCAGUUCACCAAGCAGGACCUGUCUAAAGCUAAGGCUCUGGAGACCAAGCGGCAGAAGUUGAAGCUGGAACAUGAUCGCAUCCACGACCGUCUUGCGCAACUGGUGUCCAACCUCAGUGCUGAGGAAAGGGCAUGCGAGAGAAUCUCUAUUCAGGUAAUGGAAGGUAUGGACCAGAGGAAGCAAAUGAUGACAAUGUGGACCAGCGCCGUUGAGAAUUUAAGACAACGCGAUACCGACAUACGACACAUUAGAGAGGACUACGCAGUACUAGAAGCCGAGGCGAACAACAUCGCGGAACAAUGUCGUGAGCAACAAGCGUUCUGCGACCAACAACGCGGCAACAACUUGGACGCUGAGCGUGAAAACAUGGGCAUGAUGCAGCGCCUCAGCCAGAUGCGCCUCGCCUACCAGGAGAUAACCGACCUUAACACCUCUCUGGACAGCGAGGACAUGGGCAUGAUGCAGCGCCUCAGCCAGAUGCGCCUCGCCUACCAGGAGAUAACCGACCUUAACACCUCUCUGGACAGCGAGGACAUGGGCAUGAUGCAGCGCCUCAGCCAGAUGCGCCUCGCCUACCAGGAGAUAACCGACCUUAACACCUCUCUGGACAGCGAGGACAUGGGCAUGAUGCAGCGCCUCAGCCAGAUGCGCCUCGCCUACCAGGAGAUAACCGACCUUAACACCUCUCUGGACAGCGAGGACAUGGGCAUGAUGCAGCGCCUCAGCCAGAUGCGCCUCGCCUACCAGGAGAUAACCGACCUUAACACCUCUCUGGACAGCGAGGACAUGGGCAUGAUGCAGCGCCUCAGCCAGAUGCGCCUCGCCUACCAGGAGAUAACCGACCUUAACACCUCUCUGGACAGCGAGGUGAGUGCAAUGUACACCUUACUGCGUCCACUCAAGGACCACAAUAUAACGGCGCGAGAACAUGGGCAUGAUGCAGCGCCUCAGCCGCGCCUCGCCUACCAGGAGAUAACCGACCUCAACACCUCCCUGGACAGCGAGGACAUGGGCAUGAUGCAGCGCCUCAGCCAGAUGCGCCUCGCCUACCAGGAGAUAACCGACCUCAACACCUCCCUGGACAGCGAGGACAUGGGCAUGAUGCAGCGCCUCAGCCAGAUGCGCCUCGCCUACCAGGAGAUAACCGACCUCAACACCUCCCUGGACAGCGAGGACAUGGGCAUGAUGCAGCGCCUCAGCCAGAUGCGCCUCGCCUACCAGGAGAUAACCGACCUCAACACCUCCCUGGACAGCGAGGUGAGUGCAAUGUGCACCUUACUGCGUCCACUCAAGGACCACAAUACAACGGCGCGAGGACAUGGGCAUGAUGCAGCGCCUCAGCCAGAUGCGCCUCGCCUACCAGGAGAUAACCGGGUGCCCUCUUAG